AUGUAUUACCGCCCCAUUCCUAUCUCCCAGUUGUUCACACAAAACGAGAAUCAGGUCUACCCACAACGCCCAGCCUCAGCUCCGCCUUCCAAGUCGUUGGGUGACGGAAGCGAGGGCGAAGCCGGUGAAAAUCUGCCUUUUGUCAACAGCCUGCCUCAGACGCCCACCAGAAAGUCCAAGGCGACGACGACGCUCAAGGCAACACCGCCAGAGACGCCUCCUGCUGCUACUACUACUACUGCAAAAGCGACACCUACCAAGAUUCAUCCCUCUGGCAAAGCGAGAAACAACAAGCGCAAGAGUGUCAAAAAACAACAGCACGAGCCUUUCCACUCUGAUUAUCAGGGUUCUGCUGCUGCUGCCAACAUGCAGCAGACGCCUGGCUUGCUCAUUGUCGACGGGGCGUCGUGGUCAAAGAACGCCCGAAAGGACACCGCUAGCGACAAUUUUCGUGUUGAGAAUCCUUAUGCGGGGGAGUCUCAAGCAGCGGUCAAGCCUGAACCAGGAUCCAAAGAAACUUCUCACCACAACAACAAACCAUACGUCUCGCCUGGCCACGGCACAAACCCUCAGUAUGCAGGCCACCAGGACAUGCCCAUGUACAUGGGUGCCCAGGAGGGAUACUACUACAACGAGCCGCUGCCCCGUCAGGAGUACCCUGCCGCUUUUGUCCAGCACCCACAUGCAUACCCUGUGCUGCCUCAACAACAGGGGUUUCCGCCGCCACCGCCACCGCCUCCGUAUCAACCGCGUUUCGAACACAUGAGAUUUGACCCGCAGCAGCGUUUAGAGCAGGCACGGUUUGAGCAGAACCAGCGAUUUGAUCAGCAGCGUCCCAGCCCGUACCGUGGUGGAUAUUCCGGGUAUCAGAACUCGAAAUACCACCAUCACCAUAACCACAACCACAAUCAUAACCAUAGCCACCAUCACCAGGGUAUGGGUGAAUACCGCCGCGAUGAGGGACAGUACUAUGCAAACCAUGGUCAGUCGGGGUACUCGGGAUACACCCCUCCUAAGCCAUACCAUCACAAUGCUCCCUGGAGCCGGUAUCGUCAGGUGUCUGCUGAGCAUGAGCCUGUGCCGUGUCGUUAUUCGCCGCCGGAUCCUGCUAUUUCUCCUCCUCGAAAUGUUACUGCGGCUGUUAUGGAGGAUGCUGCCGGUUUUGAAAACGCUGCUCCUGUGGUCCAGGAUGGAGAUGCUAGUGUUGAGGAAAAGGCCGUUGGACAGGGUGUUGUUGAUACCGUUGCUGAACAGGUGGAUACUAAACCUGAGUUGGAUGCUACUUCUGCAAAUGUUCAUACCAAGUUGGACACCAUUGUAAAGUUGGAUGUUGUUGGUGGACAGCUGGAUGCUAAACCUAAGCUGGGCUCUACUGCUGAAGAGUCGACUAAAAAGAUCGAAAAGCCUGCUGUCAACUCCGACUCGGAUGCUCCUGUUGAGGAUAUCACUCAUAAAAUCGGCGUUGUCCCAAAGGACAUUCCCGUCGAGUCAGAUAUUAGCACUGUGGUUGCUGCCGGAAUCUCGAAUGUUAGUCCCGAGGCGAUUCCUGAAGAGCCUGCGACUACAAGUGCCACUGCAGAGCUGGCUGCAGGCCACGAUUCCGAAACCGAGACUCUACAAGAAUCACCUAGAGCUGCCUCCCCCGGCGAACACGUUCCAUACCAAGUGAUCCAACACCAAGAAAGUUUGAUCGUCCAGUUCGCAACGGUCGACAUGGCCGAAGCGCUGCCCUUGGCAAAUCACCUGGUCAACGUGUUUACAAGCCGGGCAUACGGCGACGUGGAAAUCGGGCUCAGCUCUUCCCAAAACAAGUGGCUCACCAGAGAUUUCACCGCCCAUCGAGUGAUCAUCGCCCAAAGUCCCGUACUCAAAUCGAUUCUGAACCGGCGCGAGGCAAUGGACGGGAAGCUUAGGAUAGAGCUCAUUGCUGGCAAACGGUUCAGCAUGAUGCGUUCUUUUGACUGUGCGCUGCAGAAUCUCUACGGGCUGCCACUUUUGGAGUUCGAGGACAUUCCCAAACAUACGCGUCUUGCAUUCUCCUGUGGCGGAGCGCUGAAUGUUCAAGUUCCUGCGCAUGUCACAGCGCUCGAAGUCGAGUUUUUGAUAGGGUACAUGGCGGUGGGGGCAUUUAUGAGUGUUGAACGCAUUGCCCUUGCCGGUUUCCGCAUUAUGCAAGACUACAUUCACUGGUGCAGCCUCGAGACGUUUUUCCAUUUCGGCGUCUGGCCACAAGACUUUUUGAUCAUGUAUGCCGAGAUAGACGAAGAGCCCCAGGCCAAAAAGGGAGGCAAGGGCAACAAGGGCAAAGGCCGUAAGAAGCUGGGUGAACUGCCGAGUUUGGUAGAGCCCCUGAAUGAAGAAGUUGUUGAUAACUUUGCGCCUACAAUCGCUACGUUGGCGGCCAAGUGGUUGGUGGGAAACAUGCCAACCAACUUUACUUUCGACCAGACUGCAUACGCGACUAAAUUGCAGGACCGUAUUCCCGGCAAACUCCUCGACGGGCCAAAGAAAAGCGGUACUCCAGCGCCAGCAGCAGUUGAAUUGGUCGGGCUAGAGGCAGGCAGACACGAGCAGCCUACCGUGGCACACACACUAAUCUCAGGGAUUUUGUUAGCGCUACCCUUUACGCAGCUGCGCGAGAUUGUGGGUCUGCUGCGGUCGGAGAACAUGCUCACGGCAAAGCUGGUGCGAAACGUGCUUGAAGAACGCGAACAUCGUCGGAUCCUGGCUCUGCGCGAGUACGUCAACAAUCAGCCGAACAAGAAGGUGAAGGACGUACCGGAAUCGCAUUUCGUGCUAGGCUACCGCGAGUUUGCUGUCCAUUUUGAGAUGCGCGACAUGCUGGACGAGCACAUGCAGGAGACCAGACAUGACUUUACGCUGCACCGCGAGUGGGUGGGCUAUCAGACUCGAGGAGAGGCUCAGCCGGUUUUGGAGAAGUUUCGUGGUUGA